UUUAAUUCAAUUUAAAAAUAAGGCAUGCAUAAAAAUUUAAUCUAAGCAUGAUUUUGAAAUUCAAUAUAGGUUCCUAUCCACUGGAUUAAUAAGAAAUUUUUUCGAAAUACAUUUUAGUGAUAAUUUUCUGAUUUGAUUCUUAUGAUAUCUGAGAUGCCAAUUGAGUCCUUGUGAAUUUCUAAAAUUUAAAUGAAUAACAUUUGGACAUGUAGAAUUUUUCAAAUUUUGUGUUUGUUCUUUUAAAUUUUCAUUUUCUAUUUUUAGUUUGUCGAAAUUUUCUAAUUGACAAAAUGUUGCUAAGGUUCCUUUGAACUCGUUAUUUUCUUUUAAUAAUUUUUUGUUAUCAUUUUAUAAUUGACAUGAAGUUUUAGACAAGAUUUUUAUAAACUUGUACAACUGGUUAGGAGACAGACCGUACCUGGCUUAUCUCGUCGAUCUCUUGAUCUAAAGCUCCUCCUGUAGUGUUGCUUCCUUCUGACGUUACUCCCCCUUCAUCGAUGCUCUUGAUGCUCAUUGCGGAUGAGUUUGCUUUGUUUUCUUCUUCUUGAUGACUUGCCAUCAGCGCAAGUCUAGCGUGUGCUUCGAUCUCUGACUCUGAUGACAUUUCGUCCCACGUCGCCUUUAGGUUUCUAUACUUUGUCUGGAUUGGCUUCUUGUUCGUUUCCUUGUUUUUUAAUUUUGGACAGUUGUCUUUGACGUGACCUUUUCAUUGCAGUGGUAGCAUCUUACUUUUCUUUUCCUUCUUUUACCCUGCACUUGAUUAAACUUAUUAGUUUUUAAAAAACUUUUGAACUUCCUUACCAUGAAUGUCGUUUCGUCAUUAUCGAGAGAAGUUUCUGAUUCUGGUUCAUCCAUUUUUGCCUUUGGGGCAAUGUUCUGUUUCGUCUUCGUUUUUAGAUCUGCAUAUCUAGAUUCGUGAAUUUCAGGGGGCGUUUGGUUUGGGGGAAUACAAGUAGGGAAUGGGAAUAGCAAUCAAUGUUAGUGUUUGGUUUACAAGAAUGGGAAUAAAAAUAAGGGAAUGAUUCUUGAUUAGUGGGUAAUGAUACAUUCCCGUAUCCCACCCCUUCAAUCAUCUAUUCCCUUAUUUGCAGUAAUCAACAUUUCCCCUUAAUACCAAAAGUGCCCUUAACCUAAUAUUUCCAAUCGCACCUCUCUGCUGUUUGCAGCUCCUCUCGAACGAAGGCGAUGCCGCUCUCGAACGACGCCGACGCCGAAUGCCGACACCAUGCUAAGAAAUGGCGAAGAAGGACAGCUCUCGUCACGGCCUCGUCGACACCAUGCUAAGCGACUCCAAAUGGCGAACCCUAAUCCCCCUCUGCUGCUCCCUCUCCAUGGCUGCCAACCACUCCCGUUCCUCCCUUUUCCUCCGCCACCACUCCGCUGACUCCGCCGUCUUCGCCUUUCCCGCCUCCUGGUCCUCCGACGACUGGAUCCUCCCCGGCGCCCGCUCCCACUUCGGCGAAACCGACGUCGAUGUCGCCCUCUUCCCCUCCAUCAAGAGCGUCAGGAUCGACGCCGCCGCCGCCGUCAACGGAGCCUUUCUCCGCUUCUUCAAAAAUCUGCUCGAGAUUUCUCCGCUUUCAACCGAGGCUAAUAAUUUGAAAAGAUCUUACUCUCUGUGAUUGUAAGCGAGAAUAAAAAUCCCAAGUUUUUACAGAUUCUGGUAGCGAAUAAUCACUUGCUGAGAUUGUAAGGUAGUCUGUUUGGUUUACUUGCCCAUCACCUGUUUAUUCUUUGCCACAAUGAAAUUUUCAUUUUUUUUCUUGCGCAACAUGGAAUCACUGGAUUGAAUUUUCAACCUACAGGUGCAACGAGAAAUCUGAUCUAGUGGAUGGAUUGUAAUAGCUCUAGAAGAGAAACGAGAAAUCUGAUUAUAGAUCUGAUUAAAAUAUCUUUUGCAAUAAUUUUAACAUAUAUGUUAUUUAAAAAAAUAGAGAUAACAUUUUUUUAAUAAUUUUUAAUGCAUUAACUACUAAGGGUAAAAUUGGAAAUUUAUUUAAUUCCCAUUACUAAUACUGAUUGAAACAAACAUUAUCAAUUAUAAUCAUAUUCAUUCCUGAAUUUGAACCAAACACUGAUAAUGGAAUUCUGAUUCCCAUUCCUAUUGACCCUAUAAUCAAACCCAUUAUCAUUCCGAUUGAUAAAUUUGAACCAAACGCCCCCUCAAAUGUUGAAAACAAUUCCUCUAAAUUACUUACCUCUAAGUCUCUAGAGAUUAAAUAUGUAUCUACUAAGGUUGCCCAUUCAGGAGUCCUAGGAAAUGCGUUAAGCGCGUACCUUAGUGAAUCUCGGUUGGUUAUCUUUUUUCCGAGAUUCGUGAGUCCGGUGAUGAGUUCUUUGAUCCUUGAGUGGAGGUCUGCGACAGUUUCACCUUCUUCCAACCGGAGGUUACUGAUCUGGUUCUGGAGUAGGUUUCGUCUCGUGAGUUUUGCUUUCGAGGUUCCUUCGUGUAGUUCCAGGAAUUUAUCCCAGAA